AUGACGACGGAGUGGCUUGAUGAAGAACGUGAUCUACCGCUUCCAAGACAGAAAAAAGGAAUUGAAUAUGCUCAAACAGAGCCAGUGCACGGAUAUUUCGGUGUAAAAGAUAUUUUUGCUUUUGAAAAUGUUGGUUUCACUAGAUCAUCCGAAGGAAAAAGAUAUUUGGUUUGUGGUGAAUGUGAGCAAGGCCCAGUUGGUUUUGUAGAUCCAGCUACCGAAAUGAAUUAUAUCACACCAAAUCGUCUCGCCGAGCUCCCAGCUACAACAACCUCUGUGAAAAACUGA